GAGAAGCCAGCCCCUUCUGUUGGCUGGAGACCUUAGGCCUCAAUUUCCCCUAAGGAUCCUGAGCCUGGAACAAAGGGACCGAGGGGGAAUGGGAGGGGAGAGCCUGCUAAUGGAUGGCUCAUGUCCUGCACCUGCUCCUACCUCAAAGUGCUGACACCCCUCCUUGGGGCCACAGCUCAGCUUCUUCCAGCCACCAACCCUGCACUAUGCCCCCCCCCCCAUACCACCCCUGCACACUGCACCAAUUAAGGGUCCUCAACACUAAUCGCUCAGGUUGACUCUCGCCUGGCUGCCUGGCCGCUAGGCCUGGCUUCCCUAACCAGGCCUUUGUUUCCUUAAUUGGUUAUCUCCAGGCACUUUUCUCUGCCUCUCCACCUCCGUGCCCCCAUCUGAUAUCCCAGGCUCAACUAUGUGCUAAUUGGGCACUUGGGGGGACAUGGGGGGCACACAGUCCCUCCCUCCUACAUCAUCCCCUCACCUUCCCCUAGGUCCAGCUGGGAGACGCCUAGGCUCAGGGCUCACUCCCUGGGCACCCCUGCAUUCAUCCAUCCACCCUACCAUUACAGAUUUGGGGGUGCUUUCUGACUGGUAUUGUGAGGAGUUACUCCUGAUCAUGCACCCGGGAGCCCCCGCAGCCCCUCGGGUCUCAGAGCCUGGCCCCCGGGAGCUGUGUGCCUUUGUGAGUGGGGCAGCUGUUCACAUGCUGCGAGCUCUACGACCCCGCAGGCCCCGUCCCCCCAAGAGGAGACCCAACCACCGGCGCUUCCUACACAACCAGAUCUGCAGGCAGUUCACCAAGAUUGCAGCUGCCACCCAGAGCCUGGCCCUCUCCAUCCUGUCCCAGGAGGCACCUCCCCAGAGACUACCACGCCAAAGGCCACCUUCACCCCCUGCAUCCCCUUUCCUGGGGGUGGCCUGUGCCAUGGCCCCCGUUGAGGCCCCCCAUGUAGGCCCAAGCCUGAGCCUUGCUGCCCUGGACACCUCCACCCUGGACCUCUUUGAUGACAUUGUGCUCACCCCACAGUGUCCCGUGGUGCCCCCAGACUGCCCCCCACAGUCACUGACUGCUGGUCCCCCCCAGCUGACAUCAGACCUGUCCCAUCUGGGCCAGGAGGACCUGAAGCAGCUGGGCCUAAUGCAGACGCCACACAUCUGUGACCCUCACUGUGUUCCCGGGGGAGAGGCAGAGCCAGGAGCUCCCUGCUGGGAUUGGGUGGACAGGUGGGAGGCACCUUGUAUGUAGGAUUCUCCAGGACUCCUCCAGGGCUGGAGGGCCCCACCACAGCCUGAUACCCAAUCAUAGCCCAAACCAGGCCCUUGGAAAACCACGGCCCAUGCCUCCCCCAUGAACUCAAGAGCCCCGAUCAUCCAUUCCCUUCCUUACAGAUCCUGGGGAAAUCAGCCAUGUCUGGACUCCCACCUCAGGCCCCAGCCUUCUCCUGGAUCCAGAGCCCACCUCUGCCCCACUGGGAGGCCCUUAUACUGACUCGCCAUCUCCUCCCAUCUUUCUUUUCAGUCUCCUCUCAGAAUCCUUUCCUCCCUCCUGCCCUGGUUCAUCUCUCCCCAAUUCCUGUUCUCCACUUUUCCCAAAGAACAUGUGCUGUGGCCAGUGGCUAGACCCAGGUCCAGGUGUUCAGGUU